AUGAUUACGGCCUAUGCUUCCAAGCCCAAUCACAGGUCGGCACUACUCUUGUACCGAACUAUGAUCCUUCGUGGUCGUUCUAAGCCCAAUCAUUUCAUCUAUCCCCAAGUCUUAAAAUCUUCUUCGGGGAUCUCUGAAACACAGGGGACUAAAUCAAUACAUGCCUAGAUUUUGAGAUCGGGUUUUGGUGGGUCAAUUGUGCAAACUGCUCUGCUUGAUUCUUAUUCAAGGUUAUGCUUGGACCUUAGAGCCGUGCGGGAGUUGUUCGACGAAAUGAGUGAACGAAAUGUCGUGUCUUGGACGGCUAUGAUUUCAGCGUACGCACGGCUUGGACAGAUUGGAAACGCUAUUUUGCUUUUCAAAGAUAUGCCUGAGAGAGAUGUUCCAUCUUGGAAUGCUGUUAUAGCCGGGUGCACUCAGAAUGGUCUGUUUACAGAGGCAAUCUCGCUCUUAAGAAGAAUGAUCAUUCUCGCAGGUCGAGACGAGAGGCCAAAUCAAGUUACUGUUGUGUGCGCACUGUCGGCUUGUGGUCAUUUGGGCAUGCUUCAGCUAGGUAAAUGGAUUCAUGGAUACAUCUAUAGGAACCACCUUGGUCCCAAUUCCUUUGUCUCAAAUGGUCUUGUGGAUAUGUAUGGUAAAUGUGGGAGUUUAAAGGAAGCAAGAAGGGUUUUUAAUGAGACAUCAGACAGAAGCUUGACUUCUUGGAAUUCCAUGAUCAAUUCCCUUGCACUCCAUGGGCAAAGUGAAAGUGCAAUUGCUGUGUUUGAGGAGAUGAUUGGUUGUGGAGGUGUAGUUCAUCCAGAUGGUAUCACCUUUGUUGGUUUGUUGAAUGGUUGUACUCAUGGUGGAUUGGUGGAGGAAGGUUGUAAUUAUUUCAUUUCCAUGACUUGGGAUUAUGGAAUUGAGCCUCAAAUUGAGCACUAUGGAUGUGUGAUAGACCUUCUUGGUCGAGCUGGUCGCUUCAAAGAAGCCAUGGAAGUUAUCAGUAAAGGACGGUGA